CUGACACUGAUGGGCGGGCUGGGCAUUUGGGCACUCCCCAUCCUGCUCGGAGCCUCUUUCUGGCAGGCCUACGAAGGACGAGGCAGCGUUGAAACAGUGAACAGCGCGGAGGAGGCCCCGGAGGGACUUCGGGAAGUGCAAUAUACAGCAACUGAGAAGAAAGACAACCAACAUGGGGGGCUGUGCCGGACAACCUACUGCGGAAGGGGCCGAGAGUGUGUGGUCAGGCAGCUGACGGGCCAGACGGAGUGUGUGUGCCAGGAGAAAUGCCACAGCUCGUUUGUACCCGUCUGCGGUUCUGAUGGGCAUUUCUACGAGAACCACUGUGAGGUGUACCGCGCGGCCUGCCUGCAGAAGAGGAGGAUCUAUGUCGUACACAGCAAAGACUGUUUCUUCAAAGCCGAUACAUGUACCAUGGCCGAGUACAACAAGCUAAAGAACAUGCUGCUGGACAUGCAGCCCAAAGGCUUGAUGAAGGCCGAAGAUACGCUUGCAAAUGCAAUGGACCAGAAGAGGGCCCUGGUUGACACCAUGUUCAAGUAUUUGGAUAUGAAUCAUGAUGGGCGCCUAAGCAGUGAAGAGCUAGCACAGAUCUCCAUGAAGGAGCAUUUGGAGGACAGCUUAUUGGAGUGCACCAUGCAAGACCUGAUGCGAUAUGACGAUUACAACAACGACGGCGUCCUCACCCUGCAGGAGUUCUACACGGCCUUUCAGGUUGUUCAGCUUAGUCUCCCAGAGGAUGAGAGGGUGAGCGUUACCACUGUGACCGUGGGCCUGAGUACAGUGCUGUCCUGCACUAUCCAGGGAACACUGAGGCCACCAAUCAUCUGGAAAAGGAACAGCAUUGUCCUCAACUUUCUGGACCUGGAAGACAUUAACGACUUUGGUGAUGACGGCUCCCUCUACAUUACCAAGGUGACAACCAUCCACAUGGGAAACUAUAGCUGUCACGCAUAUGGCUAUGAGGAGCUGUCCCAGACCCACGUGCUGCAGGUGAAUGUCCCUCCAGUAAUCUUGGUCUACCCAGAGACUCAGGCCCAGGAGCCAGGUGUAGCUGCCAGUUUGCAUUGCCAUGCCGACGGCAUUCCCAACCCUAAACUCACCUGGCUGAAAAAUGGCCUCGAUCUGCAGCCUCAUGGCUCCAAGCAGCUCUCACUCAUUGCUAACGGCAGUGAACUGCACAUCGGCAGCGUGCGCUAUGAAGACACUGGAGCGUACACCUGCAUUGCCAAAAACGAAGUGGGAGUGGACGAAGAUAUCUCCUCUCUCUUCGUAGAAGACUCUGCACGAAAGACAUUGGCGAACAUUCUGUGGCGGGAAGAAGGGCUGAGCGUGGGAAAUAUGUUCUAUGUUUUUUCGGACGAAGGGAUCACGAUACUACAGCCUGGUGACUGUGAGAUUCGUCGACACAUCAAGCGGAGUGAGAGGAUUGUGGCCAGCUAUGAAGAAAUGUGUCCCAAAAGCGAGGGUAUUUCACCUCAGCACUGUGUGUGGGCCUCAGCGGUCAGUGUGAGGGACAAAUACAUCUAUGUCUCCCAGCCUCUUCAGAAGCGACUGUUGGUCAUCGAUACUCAGGCGCAGAAAGUGGUGCAGGCCGUGGAAACAGACCCGGUGCCAGUGAAGCUCUUCUACGACAAGUCCCAUGACCAGGUGUGGGUGCUGAGCUGGGGAGACAUACAGAAGACCCACCCUACCUUACAGGUCAUUGCGCAGGCCAGUGUAGGAGAGCUGCACCACACCAUCCGCACCAAGUUCCAACGGGUAGAGGACUUCUACAUCCCACCCACCAACCUCAUUAUUACUCACGUUAGGUUUGGCUUUGUCUUUUUGAAAGCGGAGGCUGCGGUGCAUAAAAUUGACCUGGAGACCCUCCAUCGCGUCAAGACCAUCAGUUUGAAGAACUAUAGCUGUGUGCCUGCGAGCAUGGCUUAUACUCACUUGAGUGGCUACUACUUCAUCCAGUGCCAAGGGAAGAACAAUUCCAGCCCACAGCUUCUGGUUGACAGUGUUACUGAUGCCGUCAUUGGGCCUAACCGUGGUGUCACCGGACAUCCUUUUGUGUCACCAGACGGUCGCUAUGUGGUCACACCAGACAAUGGGAACAGCAAGCUUCAAAUUCAGACCAUCUCAUUCCAGGGUGAACUUCAGUUAGGCCCAAAGUUGGACGUCCCAGCUCCUGUAUCAGACUUGGUUUUCCAGCCAUCUUUUGCUGAGUCCAACCAGUAUGUGACGGUCACCUCCUCGGCUCAGGGUUCUGACCUCCUCUUUUCCAACCUGUCCACGGGGGCGAGCAAAGUGGUCAGGAGCCUCAAAGAGCCGCUUCCAGCCAAACACUGGCCUUGGGGCAGUGCCAACAGAGUGGUGGUAUCCAGUGGCCUGUUUGGGCAGUAUUUGGUCACACCUUCAGCGGAGUCACUGUUUGUUCUGGACGGCAGACAGAGCAGCCUUCACUGUGAGGUGUCAGACAUCAAGCGAGGAAACACAGUGGUCUGGAUCGGCGAGGUAUGAGCCAUGGACCGCUGGCCGGUUCCGCGCCCAUCGGCGUUGGCCAGUCAGGCCAAUGCCACGGAACACUUUCGAAUGGACAUAAGUGGACUCAACCCUGGGACUGAGCGAGAGGAACACACACGGGUUACUGUAAGAAAAGUACACACACACACAAAAUAGAGUAAUUGACAUCUAUUAAGGAACCUAUUACGUUAAGAGGGAUUGGGUGAUGAUGCCCUUCAGUGCAACAGUGAUCUAUGAGCACUCACCCAGCCAAGAGAUGUACAUUUUUUUGCACUUCCUUGUAACACAGAUAUAGUAAGUUAAGCAAAACAAGAAAGGAUAGAUGACAAACCUUUUGAAAAUGAACUAUGCACAAAGCUAAUAUUAAUUUCUUUAGACUUCAGCAUUUUGUUUUGUUUUUCCCAGGAUGUCUGUCUAUCACCAAUGCUGCAUAUAGUCACUAUAAGAAAUAUGUCUGUCAAAUGAAAAUGUGUCUUUUUGAAACUACGUUCUGUCUCUUGCUAGUGAACAUGAUAGUGUCUGUCUGCCUUGUCAAAACGUUUUCUUACUAGACUCAAAUCAAUGGUUUGUUACACAGUCUUCAGUCUCCAUUAAGAAUGUUCAUAUUCCACCAAGUUCUGUUGGUUAUUCAUUCAUUAAAAAGCAAAAA